AUGCUGCAAGUCCCCCGGGAACCGCUCCUCACGCUCCUCUUCCAGGUAUGGAAGAGCCAUCCCACCAAAACCAUCAUCCGAGAUCUCUCCGACGGAUAUGAAACCACAGUGGGAGAGUUUUUGAACGACAUACUGGUCACACGGGGGCGGAUUCUUGAGUCGCUUGCCCCCGAGGUCAAAGUCCGCCUCAGGAGCGCGGAUACAGAUGUUUUCGUGGGGGUUCUAGUUGGCCCAGGCCAUGAAUUUGCCGUCCUGGCCUUUGCCCUGUAUAGUAUCGGUGCUGUCAUUGUUCCCCUGUGUAAGCUAUUCCCCUCGCCUUUCUCAUCCACUGAUAUCCUUCCUAAUACUCAUGUGAGCCCAUUAGCACCGGCGCUCCAUCCCGACGAAGGAAAAUACUUCUUAGGGCUAUGCAACGCGGCGCUGAUAAUCACGGUACCGAGCACAAGGAGCAAAGCUGAGGCCAUCUCCGACCUCACUGGCAUUCCCGCCCUCGAGAUCAACGUGACAGAGUUAGUUAGGCCAACAGCUCUUCACUUCGCAUUGCAACCGGAAGGAGAGCCCCUGAUCAACGCGGACAAGGGCUUUGUGCUUCUCUACACGUCCGGAACUACCGGUACCCCAAAGGGGGUACUGCAUUCGCGGCGAGGGGCCGAAACAGCGUACGUUACCAGCAUCGAGCUGUUCGGCCUGGGCCCAAGUGACACCUGGGCACAUUAUUCUCCGGUUCAUUGGGCAGCUGGGUGGCUAUUCCUGUUUCACACUAUUCUGGCCGGUGCAUGUCUGGAAUUUUGUAGCUCCGUGUUUAGUCCGGAUUGGCUGUUGGAGCAGUGGGAAAAGAAGACCGGGCCAGAGGAUGGCCUAACGGCUGUAUUCCUGGUUCCCUCGGGGCUUCAAGCCGUCGGUGCGAAGCUAGAGGCGGUUCGGAGGGAGGGCCCACCUGAGCGGUAUGGCCGUAUUCUUCAAGGCCUGAGGGGAAUGCGAGUGAUCGCCUCGGGAGGUGCGAGGGUGACGCCGGAAUUGAGGGAUGAGUGGAUGGAUCUGCGCGGUGGAAAGCCGUUGACGGUCGCAUAUGGGAUGUCUGAGGUGUUGAUGUUCGUCGUUGCUGCUGACUGGAACUCAAAUGCGGUUCUCCCGAUGGACUGCUGUGGUCGGAUCUGUCGCCAUGUUGACCUGAAAAUCAACGAGGCUGGCGAGAUAUGCAUCCAAACCCCCCCGAGAUUCAAAAGGUAUAUAUCAGAAGAUCCCACGGUAAUGAAUGGUAUUUUCGAUGCCGACGGAUACUGGAAAACCGGAGAUAUGGGUAAACUGGAAGGAGACCAGCUCUACGUCUUUGGUCGGGCGUCUCAGGACAUUAUUCGAUUUUCCGGGUGGAAGAUCCUCGCACCGGAAGUCGAAAGCGAGCUGGCUAAACACCCACUUGUAUCAGAGGCGAUCGUCUUUGGCAUCCAGGAUACCUCUGCCGGCCAGCUCGUUGCUGCGCUUGUGGUCAUACGUGGUGAUGACUCCGACAAAAAUAGCCUAGAUCUCCUAGCAGUACGCAGGUGGUUGGCAGUCGAGCGACGGAUGAAUGCAUACAAGUUGCCAACGGUCCUGCGGGUCGUUAGCAAGAAUCAAGAGCUGCCGAUGACACUGUCGGGAAAAUUCAUCAAGCGAAAGAUCCGAGAUAUCUUCUUCAACCAAGAAGAACUAGACAGCGAUCGGGUCCACGUGCAUGACUUUUCGACGCAGGAACCAGACAUCGGCGAUCGGCCAUUUGACUGGGCAGGAAUUCAAGCCAAAUGA